CCCUCUCUGCCCUCACGACCGUGUCUCUUCGCCUCUUCUGUUCUUCCCUCCACCAUACGCGAUUCUAUCCUCCUCCUUUUCCUCCUUCUCCUCAUUCUCCUCCACCUCUUCUUCCAUGUCCUCUUCGUCCAGCUGGCUCGCUCGCUCGAACUUCUUCCUCUACCUCCUCUCUCUUCUACGCUACCUCUUCUUCUUCUGGGUUCCUGCCCUGCGUCUCUCUCUCCUUGCGUACGCACUUACCUGCGGAACGCGGUCGUACGUGCUCGACGGUGGCGCUUCGGCCUGACGAACCAACGAACCGCUCUUCCACCACCAAGAUCGCGCCCGAUCUUCCAUCUAGAUCAUCCGAAAAAUAUCUUCACUCUCGAGGGACUCUCGUAUUAUAUCCGAUCACAGUGGUGUUCUUCUAUGUUGCCAUACGUAUAUCGUCGUUUGUCGUUUCGUUCGUUUGUGUGUCUUCGUCGAGUUCCACGUGUGUGCGCACGAUCGGCAAGGCGCCAGUGAGAGAGCGGAUCGAAACGAGCUACGGCCCGAUUCCAAGGAUCGGAAAAUCGUGGCACGGCUCGCGAGGACGUCGCGAACUGGAAGCUCUCCUCGCGUAUUUUCGGAGCCAGGUCCCCGCGGUCGAGCCUCCUCUGCUUCCGCUCCGGUGUCCCCCCUCUUCUUUCACCAGUCAUGGUUGCGCAAGCAGGUAUUCGGAAAUAGCCCGGUGGGUCGCGGUUAUGAAUUGAUAGCAAACACAUGCUGGACACUACGCGCGGACCGGCUUGCAAGACGCGAGGAGUCGCCUCGUGUGUUUCUCUUCGUCGUUCCUGCCAGUCGUAGCCGAGUUCGACCAGUUUCUUCGCCGAGCUGCUCACCUGCCGUCUUUACAGAGAGACCUGCCAUGGCUCGCGGUCUCGUGCUUCUCGAAACCGUGCCUUUGCUUAUCGACAAUGUUCGAUAACGUCUAAAGUUGACAGCAAGUCGAAGAUUUUCCGAUCGUGAAGACUUUCUUUCGACUCUGCUGCGUCACACAGCACCAGACGAUACUCGAGAACGAUCAUUUUUAAACGUUGAUCGUUGUUUGAAAAUUCGAUGAAAGUUUUCAUUCGCGAACCAGCAUUUCGUUAUAGUGUGUAAAAUAGUGUAAGAGAAGUUCGUAACGGCAAGCUCCGCUUCUGUCAGACCACUGAUGCUCCAUUGACAGCUCGCGUCAUCGACCACUCGAACCGCCGACACCUUGAGGAUCUAGCAUGGGCUAAAAGAGAACUUUCGAUUCCGCCAUCGACUCCCUUUUCGCAAUUAUUGUUCGCGAUGCCGUGACCGAUCGAAGUUCGAUCGUUCGAUCGACGAGCAGCGAACGUUUGCCUCGAUGGAACCGACGAUCGUACCACGACCGAGACGAGUUCAGUUCAACCCCCUACUUGUUGUGUUACUUUCCAUCCAAGUGAUGUAAUAGAGGCGCGUUCGCGCGCGAUACACGCCACAGGGAAAUACAAAAGACGCAAAGUGAAUGACAGUGAUCCGGGAAUUCGUGUAUGUACAGUGAGCACGGGAGGACAGCACUCAUGUACGUUGACUACGGCGGCGACGCUUAUGCCGGAAUGGGAAUCAAGGCCAUGAAGUCCUUCGCCAGGCCCAGAGAUAUACCGGCACAAGUGCCGCCGUUAACACCUGGGACCAACAAGAAGAUGACCGAGGCCCUGGAGGCCUCUUUCGCCUCCUGGGAGAAGGAACGAGUCCGCCUCAACAUAACCAAAGAUCCGAGGCAAUGGUCGGAAGCAGCUGUCGCCCACUGGUUGCACUGGGCCAUAGGGGAAUUCUCCCUGGCUGGUGUGGCGAUGCAACCCUGGCAGAACAUGACGGGGAAACAGAUUUGUGCCAUGGGCAAGGAAUCAUUUUUGGCACGUGCUCCGGCCUUCAUGGGCGAUAUCCUAUGGGAACACCUCGAGAUCCUGCAGAAAGAUGUCGACGCGGCGAAGGCCUCGCUGGAGAACGUGCCGGGCAACAUGUACGAAAGCGUAUGCGUGCCAGAUUUAGGUGAUUUCUUGGGAUACCAGAGCGGUGCUCAUCAGGGCGCGACGCCGGAACACAAGAGUCCAGCGACGCCAGCGAGUUCCGCCACCUCGAACUCGUCCGGCCCUCAAAACGCUGGAAACCAACCUACGGCCCCGUUGCAACCACCUUCCGCCGCGGUCUCUCUGCCCUCGAGACAGUAUCAUAACGAUGGAGGUUACAAUCAUCUACGCAGUCCCGUGUGCCAAGACGAGAACCAGAGGGAUGAAACCUCGCCGCCACCUCACAGCCAUAACGCUCAAGCGCCCAACUCUCAUUCCAGUACUCCAAACAGCAACAACAACAAUAAUAAUAACAAUAACGCGAACAACGCGUACAUACAUCUACGGAACUUGAACCAACUGAAGACGGAGUCGAAUUAUGGCAACCACCAUAUAACGGAGCACCUGCAAGGCGGUGGAGCAGGGUUGACGAGUGGCAACGAUCUCACGGGUACAGGGACUAACGAGAGCGACUUAAGGGUUAGUCAAACGGCAACGGAGAGCUACAUGACUCCGGCACAUUAUUCCGGCUACGAUGAGGCGUCCGAGUAUCACAGUCUGCCGCAGGAUCACCAACCGCCGCAUCCUUUCAACCUGGAUGGCUCGCCGGAAUUUUACAGCGCCAGUGGAAUUCAAAUCGAGCCGAAGUAUCAGCCAUCGCCGUUUAAAAAUUAUCCUCGAGGUCGCUACCACGAAGGAUACAGCGAGAGCGGUGGUUACGGACAAUACGACGCUACGCCAUUCCAAACGGUUCCAGGAAGCGGAAGCGGAGGAGGAGGUGGCGGCGUUGGCGGUGAUCAAUGGGGAGUCGGCCCUCUCGAACACCUGUCUCAUCAUCCGGCAUUCUUGGCUGGUCUUGGUCCAAGAGAUUCUUCCAAUCCUCAUCAUCCCUCGUCUAUUGGAAAUAACGCUGAUCAGAAACCUCUGUUGCAGAGCGCGAUGAUCCCCGGUUAUACAAGCACUGGACCCUGCUUUACCGGUUCCGGUCCCAUUCAACUCUGGCAAUUUCUGUUAGAGCUGUUAACAGACAAAUCGUGUCAAGGCUUUAUCUCGUGGACUGGCGAUGGCUGGGAGUUCAAGUUGACGGAUCCGGACGAAGUGGCACGUCGUUGGGGCAUCCGUAAAAACAAGCCUAAAAUGAACUACGAGAAACUGAGCCGUGGUCUCCGUUAUUAUUACGACAAGAAUAUUAUACAUAAAACAGCUGGCAAACGAUACGUUUACCGCUUUGUCUGUGACUUACAGAGUCUCUUAGGGUACAGUCCGGAAGAACUGCACGCAAUGGUCGAGUUGAAGCCAGAGAAGAAGGAAGAAGACUGAGUUUCUGUUAUCAGACGUGUUUAAGGACUGUGUCGUUUUACUAAUUGAAAAGAAGGAGAAAAAAAAAAGAAAGAGAGGGAAGAAAGAGGAAUCCGAGCGAUUCCUUGGUACCGCGAUGGAACAAAGUUCAAACUGACAAUGUAAC